UCCCCCCCCCCCGUCUAGGAGGUAUAUAGCGACUUGCACUGCAGCUAGAGGCCAUGUCGUCGCAAGCGCAGUGGAAGCUGUACUACUGGUACACCCCGGACUCGGUGCUGGGCGUCUUCCCGGGCCGCGGGGAGUACGUACGCCUGAUGUUCGAGGAAGCCGGGGUCGCGUACGAGGACGUCUGCAAGAAAAACAACAGCAAUGCCGACCUCCUCGCCUUUAUGAAGGGCGAGAAACCCGGUUUCCCUGUCCUUGCACCUCCCAUCAUCCAGCAGGGGGACUUCGUAAUGAGUCAGACCCCUGCAAUCAUGAUGUACCUGGGAAAGAUUGGUCUCUUCCCUACGGGCGGCCCCGAGGAAGAGGCGCACGCCGCUCAACUACUGCUGACUAUCCACGACUACCACUUUGAAGGGAACAUGUCCUGCCACCCCGUUGACCUCCAUGCCUCCUACAGCACGCAGGUAGAGGAGGCUAAGGUGACGCAGAAAAAAUUCUGCGAGGAGAGAAUGGGAAAGUUAGUAUAAUUAUACGCAUCUCUCGCUUUUUCUUUUGUCACUGAGUGUGUCUGUGUGACUGCAGGUUUCUCAAAAUGUUUGAGAGAACUCUGAGUCAGAACAAUGGCGGCCAGGGAUUUCUGAUCAGCUCUAAGGUUACAUACGUGGACGUUGCUAUGUUGACUGUGCUGCUGGCGACAGAGAAACAGUUCCCAGAGGCCUGGGCAGCUCAGGACGUGCCUCUACUGAAGGCAUUCAAGAAGAGGAUGGAGCAACGCACUAACAUCGCAGCCUAUCACUCAUCCAACCGAUACAUCCCCUUCUCUGGCUACUCUAUGAUGUGACAAUAAUGACUAUAAAAAGCCCAUACUGUAAUAGGGAGUGCACAUUUUUAUAAAGUUACAUCGAUAAAAUCACACAGCUUUUUUACAGAAUUGUCGGGAAUAUGUAGUUUUGUCGGGAAAAUGAAGAGAA